CUUCGCACUCUUGCUGGUCCAACCAAACCCAAAAACGAAGCAAUUGUGUGCGGAAGGAAGGAAAAGGCCCAGGGAGAAAAGAGGGCAAGAAACCGUGAUGAUGCCGACGAUGUUGCUUAACUUUGUCUACCCACCCCCUCCGUCCCUUUUCCUCGCGGCCACGUCCGUCAUCAGCUUCACCGCCCUCUCAUUCUCGGGCAUCUCCGAGGUCAGCGACAAGCAUCUCCAGUACUCCAAGUUCUGGAACGCCAACCCUCCCCCGCGCGCCAACCCCAUCCGCCUCUCCGGCCGGACCGGAAUGCUCCUGCUGUACGCGCCUGCGCUCGCGGCGGCCGUCGCCUCCUUCGCCGUGCCGGGCGUCGUCACCACCACGAGGUCCCAGUUACUCAGCUUGGCUCUUAGCCUUCACUUCUUCAAGAGAGUUUUCGAGGUAUAUAAAUCAAAUCAUUUUAUAUUCGAUUCAAUUGUUUUUUUUUUUGCGGUUUGCUAUGGCUUCUUCUUAGAUUCUGGUGCUGGAGAUUUUAUUUUUAAUUUUGGUUCCUUUGAUUCUGAUGGAAGCCGAUGGUUUCUGUAGAAUAUGUUGAUUUAG